GAAACCAACUACCUCUCAACAGCCACCACAAACUCAAAGUUCUGUCUCCCUGGCAAAGUAAAAGGCUUUUCUUUUUCUCCGAUGGAAGAUGAGCCUUUUCUCUCCCCCAAAACAAAAUCCCAACUUCUACCCAUCCUUGAAGAUGACCAUCAUGACUACUAUUUCACAGCCCCACAAGCAAUCUCCACACCAGCCAUCUUCCCAUCGGAAAUUCAAGACCACCCACAGAUUCAACCCCCUUCCCAUCUUGAAUAUCCCAGUACCGGGUCAAAGAAAUUCGGUUCUCUCCACCGUUGUAAAACGGCUCCUGCCAUGGCUGUGAUGCGCGACCUGAAGCCUAAAACACCCCAAGUGCCUAAACCUCAAUCUGAGUCCAGCACCAUUAUCAGGCAAGCUGUGUUCUUGCUAUCCAUUUAUUUAUUACUUGGUGUUGCUAUUUAUUCUUUUAACAGAGAUGAAUUCUCGGGUAUUGAGACUCACCCAGUUGUUGAUGCUCUUUACUUCUGUAUAGUCACCAUGUGUACUAUUGGUUAUGGUGAUAUAGCUCCUUUAACCCCAGCUACCAAGAUUUUUGCUUGUGUUUUUGUAUUGGUAGGUUUUGGUUUUAUAGAUAUAUUGUUAAGUGGGGUAGUCAGUUAUGUUCUUGACUUGCAAGAGAACAUGAUUUUAACUGGGAUUCAUAUGGAGAAAACACAAGAAGGGUUUUCAGCUAAGAAUUACAUUGUUGAUGUGGAGAAGGGAAGGAUGAGGAUAAGACUUAAAGUUGGCUUGGCACUUGGGGUUGUGGUGUUGUGUAUUGGAAUUGGAACUUUGGUGUUGUACUUUGUCGAGAAUUUGGACUGGAUUGAUGCUGUUUACUUGUCUGUUAUGUCAGUUACUACAGUUGGGUAUGGGGAUAGGGCGUUUAAGACUCUGCCUGGAAGGUUGUUUGCUGGUAUUUGGCUUCUGAUUUCGACGCUAGCCGUGGCUAGGGCGUUUUUAUAUUUGGCAGAAGCAAGGGUUGACAAGAGGCACAGGAGGAUUGCCAAGUGGGUGUUGCAUAGAGAUAUCACUAUUGAGGAUUUGCUAGCUGCUGACAUCAAUAACAAUGGUUUUAUCAGUAAAUCAGAGUAUGUCAUCUACAAGCUCAAAGAGAUGGGAAAGAUUGGGGAGAAAGAUAUAUUGCAGAUCUGCAAUCAGUUCAGUAAGCUUGACCCAAAUAACUCGGGGAAAAUAACCCUGCCUGAUCUCUUAGAAAAUCGCUUGUGACAUUGUGCAGACAAGGUUACUUAUAUUCUUUUGAGUAGAGAUGGAAGAUUUAUCUGUCCCUUCUUGGAAAUGGGCAUUGCAUGGGAAAUUGUAUAUUCAUUCAGGUUAGGAAAUCUCAAUUUUAUACUUUUACAAGCUGUGGUGAUGUCAGAAGAAAAAGGAAUUAGCAAAGAUAGAAAGGGCAACAAGAUGCUUUUAAUCUUAUUAAAAUUUUGAAAUGUAAAUUCUUUGUUGCCAAUGUAUUCAUCCAGACAUGCAAUGAAAGCUGAAAAGUAAAUAUAUCAUGUUAUUGGCUCUCUACUUUCUGUCAUA